AUGCAGGAUUCUCAAGACGAACGUGACCGUAGUAUCAGUGUGCAACUUCAUCUUAACGAGGUCCACGAUGUGCUGGAACGUCGAAAGGGAAAAGGCAUCCGUAAGACGGAUGCAGAGUAUGCCUUAGAAUUACACCAAGAAGAAUUGCGUAAAUACAAUACAACAAUCAAAGAUGCCGUUAUUGCUAAAAGCAUACAAGGGGCUAUAAACACAGAUUGGGCGAUUAUACAGAGACUUAGGCAGUUAGAAUUGCAAGAAGCUGCCGAUAGAAGACUUGCUUUACAAUUAGCGACGGGAGAGGACCACGUUGAUUAUUUUGCUGAUGAAUAUCAAGAACCUGACGUAGAUGAAUUUUAUAUAAACAGGCCGGAAAACCAUUUGCCUCUAGGCAUACCAUCGUCUUCUUCAGCAGAUUUGCCCAGAGACAUAUACCCUUCACCCUUGUCAUCCUUGUCAUCUUCUCCAUCCUCUCCGUCCUGGUUAGCCUCACAUUCUUUCACGCCCAGCGCCGGCCCUUCUACAACGCCGCACACCAAAUCCCAAUUGAAACAAUGCAACUGUUGCUUUGAGCAUCGCGAAACCCAUUCUCUCGCCUGUAUGCACAACUUUUGUUAUCCUUGUCUUCGUCAGCUAUUUGUGAAAGCCACUACCGAUGAAACUUUAAUGCCCGUCAGAUGCUGUGGGGAGGAGAUCUCUAUUGAAGUAGCGGAGAGGGUUCUGGACGAUGCCGAGUUGCAAGCACAUCUUAUGAAGAGAUUGGAAGUUAUAUCUGAAGACAAAUUAUAUUGCCCUAACCCGCUCUGCAGUACAUUCAUCCCGCUUGACGGUGAAGCGGACGAUAUUGCUUUAUGUACGGCUUGCGAUUCCCAGAUUUGUCUCGACUGCAGAAAUUAUGCGCAUAGUGGAAAUUGUCCCGAAGAUCCCGAAUCUGCCCAGAUACGAGAACUGGCCAUACAAGAGAAAUGGCAAGAAUGUUGUCGAUGUCAUCGGAUAGUCGAUUUAUAUUAUGGUUGCAAUCACAUGACAUGCAUUUGCAGAAAUGAAUUCUGUUACGAAUGUGGUGAACCCUGGAAGUCAUGCGACUGUCCAAUGUGGGACGAAGAACGACUGAUUCUCACUGCCACAGAGAGGGUUCGACAAGCGCAGCCAUACCUUCGCGGCCACUACUUGGCGGAUGCAGUAGACGACUACCGCCAAAGACUUGAAGUCGAGCAUGCUUGUCGGCACCAAUGGACACGAAUACAAUUGGAUCAGGCUCAGCCCUGUGCAAAUUGUUGGUUUAUGCUGAAGAACUAUACUUUCGAAUGCAGGGAUUGUCUCCUCAGGGUUUGUUUUACGUGUCGGUACCAUCGUAUUCUUUAUGAAGAGUAA